AAGAUACGAACGUGUAUUAUUUUGAAUGUGUACGGCGGAAGUAAAAUGUCGCACUAAAACACACUCUACAAAAUUACCCACAUUAGUGUUGCAUAUUUCUUCAAUGAAAUGGGAUUUACCAAAAAUGAAGAAUCGUGAAUUUCCACCCUGGAGCUGAUGGACGUUCCCCGCAUCGACAUGUCGGGCGAGGAACCAGACAGGCCCGCGCAUCCUGGGACUUUCCAAUCCAGCAAACAAGAGAAGCGCUCCCUCUCCCCGGCUAGAGUCACCGUGGACUUCCCGGUAUGUGUGGUUCUUCCUGCUGGCGGCAGCGGAGAGAGAACCGGACUGCAGACACCCAAACAGUUCUGCAUGCUGCUGGGCCGACCACUUAUAAGCUACACUAUUCAGGCUUUUGAGAGUAUUUCAUGGAUCCGCAAGGUCGUGGUUGUCGUGGCCGAAGAGAAAGCAGACAUGAUGGCCAACAUCGUACAGCACUACCGGCACGUUAAAGUCCAUGUAGAGCCAGGUGGCUCAACACGUCACAGGUCCAUUCGCAAUGGCGUCAUGUCUCUAGUUGGUGAAGAGGAGAAGGACAAAAUGGUCGUCAUCAUCCAUGACGCUGUGCGGCCUUUUGUGGAGGAACACUUCCUUUAUCGUAUAGCCACGGCUGCCAGGGAACACGGGGCUUCGGGGGCCAUACGUCCGCUGGUCUCCACGGUGAUCGCCACCACGUCCGACGGCUUCCUGGACCACUCGUUGGAGCGAGCCAAAUACAGAGCCAGUGAAAUGCCUCAGGCCUUCAAGUACAACAUCAUCCAUCGAGCUUAUCAGAAGUGCAAACAGACCGACUAUGACUUCGGUACCGAGUGUCUCCAUCUGGUGCUGGAGUACUGUGGCACUAAAGCCAAGCUCAUCGAAGGCCCGCCCACAUUGUGGAAGGUCACCUACAAACGGGAUUUGGCUGCGGCGGAGUCCGUCAUAAAAGAGACACUCUCUCGGUCCACCUGCGUGAUCACAGGAGGAUGUCCGUUUGCUGGGAUGCUUGCCAACUCUUUCCAAGAGGACUUAGAAAUGGAGCUGGACAUCAUCCCAGAUCUGACGGGAAACAACAUCGCGUAUCUGUUGAAGGUCUACAACGUGAUCCAAUUCUCUCUGAAUGGCUUUGACUUAGACCAAGUGGAGGAGAUUUUUGCCGCAAUUCAGGUGUCUAAUCAAACGCUUUUCCACACGGUGGUUGUUAUUGUGGUCUGUUUGGGCAUUUUAGAUGGACGGUCAGCCGAGAGAGCAGCCUUUGCAGAAUUGGCCUCGGCAGCCAAGCUUCAAAAUAUUUUCUUGUACGGCGUACAUGUGGACGUGGACCUGUCAAAGGGCGCUGAGACUCGGGUCGAAUCUUUGUCCAAAGUAGCCUCGCUGAUGUCAGCUUUGAUACGUGAUCGUAGCGUGGCCUUUGUGGGACAAGUUCUACAGGCGUGACGGAGCAAAUGUGAUUUCAGGUUACCGCUGUGUUCAAAUGGACAAGCGCUCACUCAUCUCCGACUGCUGUUCAUUGGAGUUUCUUACUGUGGCAAAUAAAUAGAUUUGGACAUGAGGAAUUGCUGAAAUGUCCCUUUAAUUCCCUUCAGACUGAUGCCAUUUUUAUUUUGACUUUUUUUGUUUGAAAUGUAUUUGUAUUUACUUCAAUACAGUGAAAUGUUUCAUACAAGCUUUUGGAAUGUAGUCUUUUCAUUAUGACAUGAAUACAUUAUAACAAAAUAUUUGGAUUUAAUAAAAUGACUUUGCAU